UGUGUGUGUGKCCGCUUGUAGGGAGAGGCGGAGGGAGCGCUGUACUGCAGUAUCACUACAUUUUCUGCACCACUCAUCAAAACUCUGCGGCAUGCAGACCAGAGCUUGAGGGGAGACACUUAUUUAGGGUGCUGGACCGCCAUUUAUUCCUCUAACAAAACAGGCCGCGUUGUGUUUUUUUAAUUGUAAUUUCAGAUUUGCGUGCGCUAAUGGUCGAGUAAGCCAGUUUCUUGAAUUUACCGGCGAUAAAACAGACUCUGGGUAAUUGUUGCUCUCUAUUUGGAAGGUUUUAAAGGCAAUUAUCUAUUUAGGACACAAUGGCGAAGGAUGGAGAAAAGGGCGCGUGGACAGAGUUUAUAUGGAACCCCAGGACCAGGGAGUUUCUGGGCAGAACGGCGAGCAGCUGGGGUCUCAUUUUCGUCUUCUACUUAGUUUUCUACCUCUUCCUGGGAGGCAUGUUUGCUCUCACCAUGUACAUCAUGCUGCAGACACUCGAUGACCACAAACCCACCUGGCAGGACAGGCUCUCCACACCAGGUCUGGUGAUCAGACCUCACGCCAAUGAAAUUUUUGAGAUUGUCUACAAGAUCCAGGACACGGAGAGCUGGGACAUGUACGCUCAGGCGCUGGACAAGUUCUUGUCACCCUACAACGACUCCAUCCAGGCCCAGAAAAACACCGAGUGCAGGCCCGACGUCUACUUUGAGCAGGAGGACAGCGGCGACGUGAAGAACAACCCCAAACGCUCCUGUCAGUUCAAUCGCACCRUCCUCGACAUGUGCUCCGGCAUCCACGACCGUUACUAUGGAUACCAGGAUGGAAAGCCGUGCAUCAUCAUCAAGCUGAAUCGGGUGAUUGGGUUAACGCCAGGAAAACCUGGACAGGCUCCAUUUAUCACCUGCGGAGCGAAGAAAGACGACUCGGAUAAAAUUGGAGAGAUGGUUUACUUCCCUCCAAACGGCACAUUUAAUCUGAUGUACUACCCUUACUAUGGCAAGAAAGCUCAGGUGAACUACUCUCAGCCUUUGGUCGCUGUCAAGUUCCUAAACAUCACCGUAAACGAAGACGUCAACAUCGAGUGCAAGGUCCACGCCACCGGCUUUCCAGCCGGAAAUGAAAGAGACAAGUUUGCCGGGAGGGUGUCGUUCAAGCUGAGGAUCAACAGCGACAUCUAGGUUGCCCCCCCCCCCCACGCCCCCACUACCGUCCCCUACACCACGAAAAGCAACUCUCUUCAUUCCCUGCAGCACUGCACACACAGAAAACAAAUCACAGCAUUCCCACCUUUUAUGACUAGUUUACACCCCCUUUAAAAUAUAUUUUCUUUGGUUUUUCUAAAUGGGUAUAAAAUUGUGGGACAAGAUGUGAUAAAAGAGGGGUAAAGCUGUCAUUGUUUCUGUCUGUGGGCAAUCGGACGAAUUCUUUUCUGUAAUUUUGAGGUGACGUCUUAUUUAUACUGCAUGAUAAAUUAACGGGGUGUUAAGGGUGUGUUUUCAAAAGUUAAACGGAUCAGCAACAUUACCGGAGUAAACGCCGCUCACCUCCUGCUGCCUCCUCACAGAUUAACCCUCUCUAUAUGAAAAUACGUACAAAGAUAAAACACAAAAUAUCCACAGUAUUUAUUAUAACCUCAUGUAAGUCUAUUUUGUUGCACUUAAAGGAAAAAAAAUCCAACAAACUAGCUUAUUUCUUGGUGGAUGGAUGCAGAGUUGAAGCCAUUUGCAUGUGUGUGCCGUCUUUAGCGUGAUCAAAUUGAGAUAAGAUAAUGUACUGACCACCAGGAGGGGCCGAACCUUAAAUAUAACGCCCCCACGCACGAAAAAUGUGUGAGAAAACAGGGUACAGGAAGAGCAACGUGUCGGGAGAUUAAAACAGGAGAGUGUGUGACCUGGUUUAUGUUACCUUUUUAUGACAGUUUCUGGUAUAAACACCUAACCUUGUCAGAACCAGUUGUGCUUUUGGGGACCAAAGACUGGUUCUAAUAUGUUAGAACUCUGUUUUUGGGUUAAGGGUUAGGCUCCAGAAAUGAAUGGAAGUCAAUGAACGGUCCUAAUAAGGAGAGAAAUACAAGGUUGUGUUCGCGUGUGUGUGUGUGUGUGUGUGUGUGUGUGUGUGUGUGUGUGUGU